AUGUCUAGUAUCAACGCGCAGUUUAAAUUGGUCAAAGGGCCAAUCUACUCGCAUUGUUUCAAUGCUGAUCGUAGUGCGCUAGCCAUCACUUAUGAAAAUAAUUGCUACAUUUAUAGCUUAGGAGCUGGUCAACCUAGACUAGUUGCUAAAUUGAGUGAUCAUGAUAAAACAGUUACGGCAGUCGACAUUUCUAUCCACGGUCGGAUUGUUACUUGUUCCCAAGAUCGUAAUGCGAUUGUUUGGGAACCGUUGUCAGAUGGCUCUUAUAAGCCUACUUUGGUUUUACUUAGAAUCAAUAGGUCUGCUACAUGUGCAAAGUGGGCUCCUAAUGGUUAUAAAUUUGCUGUGGGUUCAUCAGCGAGAAUUAUUGCUGUUUGUUAUUAUGAACAAGAAAACGAUUGGUGGGUCUCUAAACAUAUCAAAAAACCCAUAAGAUCUACAGUUAAUACUCUUUCCUGGCACGAUAACGGAGUUUUGUUGGCAUCUGGUGGCUCUGAUGGUUAUGUACGUGUUUUCUCUGGGUUUGUUAAGGGAUUGGAUAACAAAGAUCAGGUUGCGGGCUCACCAUGGGGCGAUAAGUUCCCUUUCGGGGCUUUAGUACGAGAAUGGCGCCAAGGCUCGUGGAUUCAUGACCUUAAGUGGCGUUCACGUACGGAGCAGUUGGCUUACGUUGCUCAUGAUGGCACUAUGGGUGUUGUAGACUAUACCGGUGCUUUGAAAUCGGUAGAAAAUCCAGAAGGUUUGCCUUUCAAAGCCUUACUAUGGAUUGAUGAUAAUUCAAUCCUAUGUGGCGGUUACUCCUGUCAUCCAGUUGUCUUUGCAUACAACGGAUCUUCUUGGCAAUUCGCAAGACAUUUGGAUAAAUCAGGCGCUAACGCUCCAUCCGCCGACCUCAUGGCUGGCUCUGAUGAAGAAGAGGGGGACUCGUUUGGCAUUUCUGCAUUGAAGAAAUUCAAGGAAUUGGACUUGAAGGGUAAGGUUAGUGCUCUGCAGGAAAGAUCUACUCACGAAAAUGCUAUCACGCAACUAUUGCCCUUUGCACUAAACGCAGGAAAAAUAUCACUUGUAUCUUCUUCAGGCUUGGACGGUAAAGUUGUUAUUUAUAAAAUAUAA